AUGACCUUUUCUCGUCCGUCCACCAUGAACACCACCAACUGUGUUCACUUUGUCGACGGCCUUUGCGUCCGGUCAUCAAAUGCUCCUUGGUACUACUCCUACAAGGUUUCCCUCAUCGACGGCGUCUCAGAUCAGCAUCUUGCAUUGGGAGCUCCAGUUGUUGCCUAUUGGCUUCUCUCCCUUGCCUUUCAUUACCUCGACACUCGCGAGUGGAAGGCCCUCAAAAAGUAUCGCCUCCACGAUUCUCCUGAGGUUGCCUCCACAAACCAGGUCACUCGUGCUGCUGUUAUUCGAGGAGUCAUUGUCCAGCAAAUACUCCAGACCGCUCUGGGUCUAUUUUGGGUUGAUGACAAACCCCAUAGCUCUGCGAGCCAUGCUGAGGAAAUAUCGCGAAUCGCCCAUAGACUUGCUCCACUCGUUGGAUCAGCGGACGGUGUUGCAUACUGGGUUUAUUGGUGGGCUAUACCAAUCAUCCAAUUCCUUGGUGCUGUUUUUCUCGUCGACACCUGGCAGUACUUCAUCCACCGCUACAUGCACAUCAACAAGUUCCUCUAUCGCAAAGUCCAUUCAUGGCAUCACCGUCUCUACGUUCCCUAUGCCUUUGGAGCGCUGUAUAACCACCCUUUGGAAGCCCUACUACUGGACUCGCUCGGCACUGCCCUUGCGGAAACGUUGACUGGAAUGAGCACUCGCCAGGCCGCAUUGCUCUUCACCACAGCAACCCUCAAAACUGUGGACGAUCACUGUGGUUAUAACCUUCCCUUUGACCCUCUGCAAAUGCUCUCAUCAAACAAUGCGGACUAUCAUGACAUUCACCAUCAGAAAAUCGGAAUCAAGUCCAACUUUUCCCAGCCAUUCUUCAUGCAUUGGGACGCGAUUCUUGGCACACAAAUGACUCGACAGGAGAUGGAACAACGCCGGCAGAAGGCGAGGGUCAAGGUCGAGUAG